UCAGUGCCCUACCACAGGCCAAAAACCCCACUACCUUCCUCCAAUCUCCCAUCAUUUUCAUUUUAAAUGAACUCAACAUGUUCAAUACUCCUAAUAAUUUUUUUUUAACUCCUUUUUAAGUAGAAAAUUUAACAUAAAUUGGCAUGUGGAAACACCCAUUGCAUUUCUUAAUUCAAUUCCAAUUUCCUCCCAACACAAUCACCCAAGCAAUGAACUCUUUCUUCCCUUAAACCAAUAAAGACACAUAGAAUCCCUUUUGACUCUCUGUUUCUCUAUUUUGAUGUCCUUAAAAUUAUAUAACAGAAAAUCCAAGAGAGAGAGUUUCUUUGUCUUUCUUUUUGUUUUCUGCAUGAAGCAGAGUACUCUGUUCUGCUUCACUUUCCUCUGUUACAAUGAAGUAUAUAAGAACCAAAAGCUUGAAAAGGCUUUUUUCAUUAAAAAGGCAAGGACUUGAAGAGGGAAUCACCAUUGAAGGAGAAAAAAAGCUUGUUCAAGAAACAGAGCAUUCUUCAAAACCCACUUGGAGGUGUUUCUCCUAUGAAGAAAUACUUGAAGCCACAAACGGUUUUAACCCAGGUUUUAGAGAACAUUGUGGGUAAAGGAGGCUAUGCAGAGGUUUACAAAGGAGAACUAAGAGAUGGAGAAAAAAUUGCAAUAAAAAGGCUAACAAAAGCUUGUAAUGAUGAAAGAAAAGAAAAGGAGUUUCUUACAGAGAUUGGGACAAUUGGUCAUGUUUGUCAUCCAAACGUGUUAUCUUUAUUAGGUUGUUGUACCGAUAAUGGCCUUUAUCUCAUCUUCCAUUUCUCCCCUCGAGGCUCUGUUGCUUCUCUUCUUCAUGAUCAAAAUUGUCCAGUUUUGGAUUGGAAAAUAAGGUACAAGAUUGCUAUUGGAACAGCUAAAGGGCUUAAUUACCUGCAUAAAGGAUGUCAAAGAAGGAUUAUUCACCGUGACAUUAAAUCUUCAAAUAUUCUACUGACAGCUGAUUUUGAACCAUUGAUAUCUGAUUUUGGAUUGGCAAAAUGGCUUCCAUCACAAUGGUCUCACCAUUCAAUUGCUCCUAUUGAAGGAACUUUUGGGCACUUAGCACCAGAGUACUAUAUGCAUGGAAUAGUGGAUGAGAAAACAGAUGUAUUUGCAUUUGGAGUCUUUUUGUUAGAAAUCAUUUCUGGAAGGAAACCAGUAGAUGGGUCUCACCAAAGCAUACACAGCUGGGCUAAACCAAUAUUAAACCAAGGAGAGAUUGAAAGCCUUGUAGAUCCAAGACUUGGGGGGUCCUAUGAUCCUACUCAGCUGAAAAGACUUGCCUUUGCUGCUUCUCUUUGUAUUAGAGCAUCUUCCACGUGGCGCCCUACCAUUAAUCAGGUCUUAGAAGUAAUGGAAGAGGAAGAAAUGGAUAAAGAGAGAUGGAAGAUGCCAGAGGAAGAAGAGCAAGAAGAAGAAUUUUUGGGAUUUGAAGAUUUAGAAUAUGAAUGUGAUACUUCCUUCUCUAUUUCUCCUCGAGAUUCAAUCUCUACAAGGAGUUCUUUGACAAUUGUAAGUUAGGAGGAUUUAAAUAAAUCCUAACCACAAACUUUUGUCGGCAUGUAAAUAUAUACAUAUAUGUGUACGUGUCAUUAUAAAUCAAACUGUUUAUCUACAGAGUACUUUCCAAUGCAAUGAUUAUCAGUUAACAUUGAUAUA